AUGGCAGAUCCUCGCCAUCAUAUUGAUGUAAACCUGUCAGAUACGAUUAGUAACUUACUUGAGGGGUUUCUACAAUCACGGAAAAAACACCGCGGUGUAAUAGUGUGGUCACCACCACGGGAUGCCAGUGGAUUGGAAAGCAAGGAGGGAUUUGGGAACAAGUGGAAAUGGUUAAAGACUAGCUGUGAGGACAUGCCGGUGGCUACGAAUUAUUGGAGAACGAAAAGAGGAGAAGAGCCUCUUGUCUUUUAG